AUGUCCGACCACCAAAGCGAUAACAACAUCCCUUCCUCUUCAUCAGCCCCUACUAACAGUGGAUUAUCUAAUUCUCCUCGGGGACAAAUCUUCCCGAGUCCAGGCCUCUAUGGGAACCUGUUAACACAUGAGGUACCCAAAGAGGAGUCUAUCGACAAGCUAGUGUCUCGUAUCAUGGCCCCACCUCGCGACCUGUACAGUGCCGACGGCAAGACAGUCACGCUGACUAAAACCUGGGUGGUUGGUCUUAUCGGCAAAGACCGCUUCGAAGACUCGGGCCCACUUCUUUACCACGUCCUUUGUCAUGGUGACGAGCUUCGCGACCAUGGUCUCGAAUACGGCUUGUCCGAAAAGGUCUUGAGCUGGUUGAUCAGCACCGAGGACACUGUGGAGUUGCCCAUUGGUCAUUUCAGUUACGUCUAA